UCUCUCUCAUCCACGUAUAUCGAUCUAAUCUCUAACUCAAAAAUCGGAAUAUUCCAUUUUCACCGCUUCGAAACCCUUUUAUUUCCCCCAAAUUUUCAAACCCUAACAUCUCAAAUCAAAUUUGCGUGCGAUCUUUUCAAUCCAUUAUCGUCUUCUUCCUCUCCGCUUCGAUUAAUCGUUGUGAAAUUCAAAUCAUUGGAACAUAGUUCAUCAUGAAGUUCCUAGAGUGUGCUCCUCUCGACCGGCUUAACGAUUUCUUGGAUAAUUUGAAUUUGGGAGAACGUACUAUCAAAGGAUGUCUCGAAGCUUAUAGUUGUAAACAUUCUGGGGCAGAUAAAAAACUCUCUGUCAGUUUGAGUAAUGAGAUUCUUGACUAUCUUGGAAAAUCAUCUGACAAUGAUUCUCCCUCACCGGUUGAAUCCUUAUCAGCCAGAACCAGCCGGAAGACAUUGGUUUACCUAGUUCUUGCCCUCUAUCACAUGUAUCCAGAUUAUGACUUCAGUGCAGUUAAAGCUCACCAGUUUUUCACAGAGGAAUCAUGGGACAGUUUUAAGCAAUUUUUUGACGCCUACAUGUUUGAAGCCUCAAAGGAAUGGGUUGAAACCUUUGAGGGUAUUUCUCUGCUGGAUGCCUUGUUCAAGGCCGUUGAUGAGGUGGUGACUUUAGCCGAUUGUGAAAUUUAUGGUUAUUUACCUGAUUCUGAGGCAGAUCCAUUACCAGAUAGAGGAGCCAUUUGGUCCUUUAAUUUCUUGUUUUACAACAGAAAGCUUAAGCGGAUUGUGACUUUUCGUUUGAGCUGUUUUAGUAACUUGUUGGCUGAUGGGUUUUCUUUUGACGAGAUGCUCGAUGGGUACGAUGAAGAAAUAUUUUCUAACAUGGAUAUAUGAGUCAACAUAAUAUCUAUUAUGCUAGCAUAUCCAGACUCUCCUCCAAUGUGCAGUUUCUGUUAUGUAAAAUGCAUGUGCAGGUCUGUAAUAUUAAAGAUAGUUUAUAUGGCGCCCUAGUAGUCACAGAUGUAGUAUUUGUGGGUUGCUACUUGCAACUCUUCGUGUAGCUCAUAACAUACUAUAUCUAUGUGUCCAUAGUAAGAUUUGGUGGUAUCUGUACCUAUCUGUGUGCAUGUAACUAAUCGUAGUCAAGACACCUCUAGUGCAAUAAUAACAAAAACGUUGCCAUUGGAACAAUUCUGUCCAAACAAGGCGCUAUUGCACUUA